UCUUCAUUCAUUCUUCAUUCUAUCAUGGCGGUUAUUCCUUUCGUCAUCUACUUUGUCAUAAUUUAUAUUUGAAGUUUUCUAGCGUUUAUUUGUGUUUUUUGAAAGCUUUGUUAUUGUAACAAUAUUUGUAACUAUUUAUCAUACUUCAAUCAUUUAAAACAAUGAGUUCUGCUACUUCAACUGCUCUAUUUGCGUGUUCUCGUUGUUUCUCAAGACAUCCAUUUGAAGAAUUAUCCCCUGGAGAACAACUUUGCAAGGAAUGUCGUGGCUCUUUCCCGGUCGUCAAGUGUACGUAUUGCCGUUCUGAGUUUCAACAAACAAGUAAAUCAAAUACUUCUUCAAUUUGCAAAAAAUGUGAGGCCAAUGUUAAAGCUUAUGGCAAACCAACAGCAUGUGAAUAUUGCAACAUUAUAGCUGCUUUUAUAGGUAACAAAUGCCAGCGAUGUGCUAAUUCAGAACGCAAGUAUGGACCAGCUGUUACAUGUGAGCAGUGCAAACAGCGCUGUGCUUUCGAUCGACAUGAUGAUAACAAAAAGUGCUUCCAGGUGGAUGGCAAGCUGCUCUGCUGGUUAUGUACUCAGUCACUUAAGAGGGCCUUGGCUCGAACCAAACAACAUCUUUCUUCUAUUGAUAAACAUAAGCAUCGUUCUCACAAGUCGAAAAGCAGUCAUAAAGAUAAACGUAAAUCAGACAUGAUGAAAUCAAUGAACUCGGGUGAUCUCUCUCUAAGUGACUCGCAGCCAAUGGAAAAGAAAUCAAAGCUGAAUCCACUGCAAGAUAUGUACUGUUUGUUAGGUGAAUUAGACCCUAACAGUUCCGACCAUGUUGUUGCCAUGACUCAACUAAAAGAAACAAUUGCAAGUCUACAGAAGAAAGUACAACAGAAGGAUAAUGAGUUACUUUCCAAAGAUAAACUGAUAACUGAACUGAAGGCACAGCAUCACAAUGAUACAACAGAUCUACGUAAUGAAAUGAAAAAUAAAGAACGGUUGAAUGAAACUAAAUUUAAUCUUAUGAACUCUAAAAUUCAAAAUUUACUCAAAGAAGUGGCAACACUGAGCAAAUCUGCUAAAAAAAAUAAUAAAUUUACAAAGUCCGCUCUCGCAAACACCGAGAACAGCGGCAGCGGCACGGACAGUCCGAGCACCAAUUAGAACAAUUUCUCACGUAUUAUUUAUAGUGAUAUUUCAAUGGGAAAUAGGCAUUUUCCUUUUAUUUUUUUACUCUACAAAUGGUUUCAUUUGUAGACAUAUUUAAAACUUAAGCGUAAGUAGGUUUCCAUUUGAUAAUUUUCUUUAUCUGUAAGCAACUUACCAUUGUUUUGUUUUUUAAGAUGUAUAACUUAUUCGACUUGAUGGUGCGAGAUGGUUUCAUUGGUAGGUAGAAUGCGGGUGAAUGUCAUUAAGACAUUCUAACACGGUUGCCACGUCCUACCUCUGGUUAAUAAAAGCACCAAAUGUGAUUUCAAUAAUGUAAAUUAUUAUUAGUUAUAUUUAAUAAUAUCAUUGUAUUCAAAAUCGAAUUCUAUUUUUAUUUUUUUUAUAAGUCAUUUUAAAGUGGCAACUUUGUAUCACGAAAGACAACCUUAGGAAAUUGUGAGAUUAUUUUUGUAUAUUUUAUUUUGAGAAAUGCUUAUUUGAAAUUUGCAUUGUGUCAAAUAUUAUGUAACUGACAAAAAUUUUUAUUGUAGUUUUUUAAUAAUUUGACAUAAUUGUCUUCAACAUUUAUUAAAUGUUCAUGAUAGUUCUUGUUUAGUAUCUAAGUCGAUACCAUAAUUAGAUUUAUGAUAAAUUGUCAUAUCAAAAUUUUUUCUGAUUUUUUCGUAUCAAAGAUAUCUUCGUUUUACUUUUUAGUAUCCAAUAAACAUUAAAUCUUAACAGUAGAAAUACAUGCUUGAAUCAGGGAUACCAUAUUUUUAAAUUAAAUUAAUAUUUUUUGUGCAAUUCUCAUAUAAUUGUGAUACAUUACAAUUUAAUUAUAAUAAGUGCAAGAGAGUUGUCGUUUAUCAUUUCACUUAGACGUUACCUUGAUCACCUGAAUGUACAAGAAAGCCUAAUGGUAGACCUGGUUGAGACAAAAUUAAUUGGAAAUUAAUGUGAGUUUUUGUAAAGGCAAUUAAUAUGUAAAACAUUUAAUUUGUUUAAUACUUAGAUGUGAUGUACGUAUAAACAUAAUGUCAAAAAUUUAAACUAAUUGGUGUUGACUAGGUAUAUAGAAUAUAUUUACAAAAGCUAUUAGGUAUCACUUUGUAAUAUCGGAUGUUAUCGCUAUCGAGAAUUAUUACACUGUAAUACGGACUUCUACGAAAUUAAUUUUGAGGCUGAAACCGAAGACUACGAAGUAAUUUAAUAAUGAACAAAUUCCAAUAGAGAAAUUUGACUUGUAAGAACGAAAUUUUAAGCUUACGUUGAAUUUGUAUUGAUAUUUAAAAAAAAAACAACAAAAUUGAAUUUAAAUCAAACAACAGACAGUAUUGAAAAUUAUGAAAAGAGUAUUUCAGAUUCCAAUAAUUGUAACUGGAUACAUAAUUAUUAGAGACUAAAAUGAAUACAAUAAAUGGUGUUGAAAACA